UAUUGCCGUCUUAUUUUAGACUGCGUGUGAGAAUAUUAUAAUACGACAUUACUGCAUUACACAUUUAUAACGUGUUAUGAAUCCGGCCCGCCUCGAUCCGCUGUCAAGACAUUUGAAUACCGGACGGCUGUAGUUGUAGACGACAACAACUUUUAACUGCAGCAGAAAUUCGAAGGCCUCCAAAUGGUUUGAUCUUAAACAUAAUCUCAGCAAUUUCAGUAAUGAAAUUACAUUUUUGAUUUUUCAAACAUAAACAUUUCAAUAAAAACCGCGUUCAGUAAUAAUACUAUAUUGCAUAAUUAAAAAAAAAAAACAGUAUUUUUAAACACCUAAAUUACUAGAUACAAAAGAAGGACAAAAUCAAUAGCGUUUAUGCAGAAUUUGAUUAAGUGGGAAAGACUUAAGAGAGAAGUGUACAGUUGGUAAUCUGAAAACGCCGGGUUGCAGGAAUAAAACUAUAAGAGGGCGUGGUUCAAAACAUCCCCGGGAUCGUCUGCGCCCUAUGUCGUGCAGCAGCCUGCAAACUCCCACUUUCAACCCACCCUCCUUUCAUUUUGGAGAACUUUUCUCAUUUAUUUCGGGUCUCGCGCAACACCCGGCUAAGGUAAACAUUCGAUCAAUACACAGAUACCGUGAUAACAUUGCAGGAUGGAACGGUAGUUUCAUACUAAUGGUUAAUAGUGAAGUAGUAUGACGACACUGCUCGAGUUUCAUUUCCAGUAUUAGGUCAUAGCGUUCUGAAAAUUGUUUGGAGGCUUAAACACAGGUAGCAGACACGUUCGGCAUUUUUUUGCAAGAAACUGUUACUUGGGACCACAAUUUUCAACGUAUUGAACACGUACGUCACGUACACGUUGCAGUCUUAUUUUCUGAAAACAUCAAAAGUUUUAGAAAUAACAGUCAAAUCGGCAAGACGGAAGACGAACACACUGCGGUGAGUGAAACACACUGCAGUGCAACGCAUUAUUAUUUGGUUGUUAAAAAAAUUGUGUGACGAAGACAAAUCGGCGACGAAGUACUCUCACAUUAUUGUCAAAUAGAUAAUUGAGAAUGAAAAACGUUUUUUCGAACGGAGUAUUACAAAUGGUUUUCAUUGAAUAUAGCGCACUCCUAGACUAUUUUAAAGAUGCUCAUCGUUGAAACGCAGUACUAAUUUUGAAUAAUAACUAUCGCAAUUUGGAUGAAAGCAUGAGGGUGUUCUAACAACUAUUCAUUGAAUUAUUUUGUUUACUAAUUCAGUACUAUAUAGACGCAAGCAGCAGCUAUUCGACGGUACCACUCAGCUAAUAUAGUACGAUGGCUGCAUUGGACUAUACGCAAGUAGACUUCAAAAGACUUAUGAACAGGACAUUAGUGUCCAAGAGUUUUGCCGACAAGGAAAAAAAAUGCAGGUUCAUCUUGCGGUUUGUUCCAGACAUCAACAUUAACAGCUGUUGCGAGACCGUCGUCGAAAUAUUGUUGUCGUUGGAGACCAUUCUUGUAGACUUGGGCUGGACCGGAGACAGACCAGAACAACAAGAUCUAAACCCGGACUGGCACAAGGCUUUGUACGCUAAAGUAUUGCAAUUGAUCGAUUAUAAGUCCAAAGCAAACGUGAUCGAGGACGUGUGCGAGAAAGCCGCUAGUUACGGGCACCAGCUCUGCUUGAACUUGGCGCGGUAUUUGGGCGUCCCGUGGCACAGCCCGUUGCCCUAUGAGUACUCAGCGUGCGACCUGGCUGCGGGCAUAGGCGACUUGAACUGCCUGAAGGUGGCGUUCUACGAAGGCAGUCGGCGAAACAAGUCGACGUGCGCCGCUGCUGCGGCGGACGGACACUUGGAAUGUCUACGAUUCUUGCAUGAGAAUGGGUGCGAAUGGGACGUCGAGACAUGCAACCAGGCCGCGGCCGGCGGACACCUGGAUUGCGUAAAAUACGCCCACGAAAACGGGUGCGAGUGGGACGAGGUCGCCACGAUGCAAGCGGCCGUCAACGGCCAUCAAUCCGUGCUCGAGUACUUGCACGAGAAUAAUUGUCCUUGGGACGAAGUAACGUCCUAUCACGCAGCGAUAAACGGACAUUUGGAUUGUCUGUUUUAUUGUUACAAAAACGGGUGUCCUUGGGAUGAGGCGACCUGUAGAUAUGCCGCAACUUACGGACACAUAGACAUUUUGAAAUUCGCUCGCCAAAAUGGGUGUCCUUGGGAUAAAAGAACGACUGAAGAGGCUGCGAGGACUGGACAGUUGGAGUGUUUGCAAUAUUGUCACAAUAACGGUUGUCCCUGGGACGAGGCCGUUUGUCAUCAAGCCGCACGUAACGGUCACUUGGGCUGUUUAAUAUACGCCCACGAAAACGGUUGUCCUUGGGACUCCAGAACGUUUAACGAGGCUUUGUCGAACGGAAAUAUAGACUGCUUGAAUUAUGCGUUCAACAAAGGAUGUCCACGAGAAGGCGAGACGUUCAUAUUCCAUCUUCCGAACACAAAUAAUGAACCCGAACGAACUCCAAUUGAUCGCCACUUGCAUAAACGUUCCAAGAUUGAUAAAUAAUCGUCUGCGAUUAUUAUUUGAUAAUAAUAUUUGUUUUCAACUAUUAUCAUACUCCCUAAUAUAUGUAUAAGUAAUUUGACUCGUCAUUUUUAACAGAUUAUAAAUUUAAAAACGAGUAACUAUUAUUUGUAAAAAUUAUCUCAUAAUAUUAAAAACUGUCUUAUUGUAUAUUAAAAUAUGGUAAAUAUUUUUAAGAUCAUGUAGAUGGGUAUUUUAAUAAUAAUUGUAUUGUCGUACAAAUUCAUGGGUUGUAUUUUUACUUAUAAUAAACAUAAAAUGUUCUGCUUAUAAAAGAAAUUUCUCAUCUUAAU